AUGAGAAGCAGAAGACCCCCUCACAACACUCUGGACCGUCCUGUAGUACUGCAUGCCGGCACCCGUGAGCACGCUUCUCAAGAACAAGUUAUGCAAUUUUUGGGCCGGUUUAUUAAAGAGCGCGAGGAAGAAGCAGACGCCGAGGCCUCCGGUGCGCUCGCACAGCUUCGCCGCGUCGAGCGAGACUUUAAAGGACUUCCACCGGCCGUGUUAGACACCGAGUAA